CUUCUUCGUAAGACGUCAAGCUGUUGCUGAAUCUUUGCAAAUAGCGGAAAGUCUAGAUUGGGCCAUUGAUCUGACGUCACUGCCACUGUUGCUUAUUUUCUUCCUUUUUAAUGCAACAUUAAAUUUAAUUUUACAUUUCCGAGUACAAAAAAAGCAUCUGACACUUCUACCUUCUUCCCAUCCAACUGUUUCCACCCAUCACUCGCCAUGGCUCUCCUCUUCGUCAAACAAAUCCUAUUCCCGGGCAAAGACCAGCGUGCCACCAGCAAAUACGGAAAGCCCCUACUCUCAGCAGAUGAAAGAACACUACACAGCGACCAAGAUGACCUCGAAUCCCAACGAUCCUACAGUACAUUCCGCGCUCCCUCCCCCACAUCAGAAUCAGGAAGCACCAGCAGCUCACGAUCGCGCAUCAACCCCCGCAUCGUAUCAGACGCCAUCCUAGGCCUCUCCGACGGACUGACAGUGCCAUUUGCGCUUAGCGCAGGUCUCUCUGCAUUCGGAAACACAAAAGUAGUCGUACUGGGCGGACUAGCCGAGCUUGCAGCCGGGGCGAUAUCAAUGGGACUGGGCGGAUAUGUCGGGGCGAAGAGCGAAGCAGAAUCGUACGAAACAACAGUCCGCGAAACAAAAGAACUCAUCGAGACCUCUCCUACCGAAACCUCUUCUAUCGUCCACGAGAUAUUCUCCGCCUAUGCUCUUCCCGAAGAUGCUAUCGCGCAGAUUAAUGCCUCCCUACACGCCUCUGACGACCGCCUCCUUGACUUCCUCAUCUCCUUUCAUCAUAAAGAGUCCGAGCCGGAUUGUAACCAGGCCUGGACUUCGGCUAUUACGCUCGCGCUUGGGUAUUUUGUCGGCGGGUUUAUUCCGCUUAUCCCGUAUUUUAUCUUCGAUCGGGUUAUCGUGGCCCUUUACUAUAGUAUUGGGGUUAUGGCGGUUACGCUGUUGGCGUUUGGAUAUGUUAAGACGUGUGUGGUGCGUGGGUGGAAGGGGAGAGAUAACAUUGCUGCUGGCAUCAAGGGUGGAGUGCAGAUGUGUUUUGUCGGUGGUGUAGCGGCAGGAGCUGCUAUUGCUCUGUUGAGAUUGUUUGGAGCCUAAGUGUCUGGGACAUCUCACUUAUUUCUUUUUCCUAUGUACAGGAUAGACAGCGACAGGCGUUCAGGAUGGGAAAACAUAACGAAGGUACUCGGAUCGAAUAGAUUCAUAACGAACUAAUACCACAAACUAAUGAUCUUCAUGUCCACAACAAAGCCCAUGGUAAACAAUAAAAAAAAAAAAAAAAGAAUCCCAUUAUAGACAAAA